AUGUGGGCUUACUCAAUUCAUUUAGCUUUACUAGUCGCUUGCUCUGCCCAACACCAAGACACUAUCCAGGAACCAUCGUCAGCUUCGCAUGACCAACACUCUGGAUCGAGUCAUUUGCACACCAACGUGCUGGAACAUCAUCCUGCUGGCGAUCAUCACCUCGAUGACAUUGUCCACAACAAUGGCGCAGAACUGAGUAGCAUAGCGCAUAAUUCAGCUGUGCAAGCCGACCAAGCUGUGCAAACUCAACAUGCAGCCGCCCAUCAAGCUGCUUUUGGGGUCCAGAGUAGUUUAGCCAGUGCAGCUCUCGGGGCAGCCCAAGCCGCUCAAGCCGCGCUAGUGGGAAAACAAGCCCUCGCCGCCACCCUCCAGCGCCAACUAGUAGAAGCCACCCAACAGCUGCAGGGCGAGCUGUCCCUCUACCAGCGCUCUGAAGCUGCCGCCCGAUCAGCACGCGAAGCCGCCCACCAGGCGCAGGCGCAGCUGACCGCACUCGCAGCCGCGCACACAGCUGCGCAGGGCGGCGCCGAGCGAGCCGAUCGCGCUGCAGCUGAAGCGGCGACCGCUGCGAGCAGGCAGCACGAGAUGGUCGCCCAGGCCAAGGAGCGAGUGGGCAGGCUAGUGGUUGAGUUGAGGGCGGCCUUGGGUGGGUUGGAGGACACGGAGGAGGCCGCCCAUAGGGCGGCUGAAGCUGCGGAGCUUGCUCGCACGAAUGCGGUGGCUGCGGGGCACGGAGGGCACUCUGGGCAUCACUUCUAG